ACUCCUUACAUAACGCACUUCAAAUACUUCCGCCUCUUGCCAAUCGAUUUAAUAUCUUAUAUAGAAUGACUUAACAUGGCCGGAUUAAGUAAUUUAUUUGAAUUGUUUUUCUUUAUAUGUUGUGUUUGUUUCAUAAACAGUUCGCGAAUAGAGGAUAUAUCGCGUGUGAACGAUGUACACCAAGAAACAAAAACUAUAGACAAUGUGGCAUAUAACAGUACGACAGCAGUUUCUGCUUCCCGCGAAACAGAUUUCAAAUCCAAGCUCCUCGAUCUUGCGAGGAUAGGGAACUAUGGGAUUGCAGGCGGAAUGGUGUCGAUAGAUUGUAUGAGAUGUCUCUGUCUGAAACAGUCAAACUGUCUUCCGAUUGGAUGCAAAAUGAUCAGAGGUUCCUUAGGCUGUGGAUACUUUUUCUUAUCGCAUUCUUACUGGCUUGACUGUGGAAAACUGGGACACGAUUGGCGUUCCUGUUCGAAUGAUUUAACAUGUUCCUCUCAAUGUGUUCAGAAAUACAUGGAACGUUACGCCCGCAGGUUCAGCUGUUUUCUCAAUUGUUCGGGGUAUUCACGUGAGCUCAAAGGUGGUCCGAAUGGAUGCAAUAAUCCGCGAACAGUGGCAUACUGGGAAGCUGUGCAAAAGGUGCCCGGCUGUAAAGGGGUUGAAUAGUGCUCAAUCCAGGGCUCGUGGGUUCGAGCCUCACUGGGGUCAUGACCAUGUCUUCUCAUAGGUCACCAGAACUGGGUUUUCCAGGAAGCGAACUCGAGAGUGGUUCAAAUAAGCUUAAAGCUUCCAUCACAAUCGAGCUAAAAUAAAUUAGUAUAAACUAAUAGUUGUAAAUGUAAAUAUACCCAGAGGUUGAUACUCACAGAACGUCACUAAAGAAGUGCAUUUAGUUGCUUGCUUUACGCCAAAACAGUAGUCACGUUAGAAUGCACAAUGACGCAGAUGUUUUGAUCGGCAUGUAACGUGAAGUAUUUCUCACGUUGAAAUUGCAAACACAUGAAAAAUGGACGCUUAUAUCAACAACGCAAAGUUCUGCGGAUGAUACGAUUUAAAAAUUUCUUAAUUGGUUGUUUUAGAAAGUAUGGUUUUAAAGUCUGUAAGAUAGGCCAAGAACCUUAACUCUAGGAUGCAUUUUUUUUCAGAAUUAUAGCCUUUUUUGUGCAUCGAAAAAUGUAAUUUCUUCGUGAAAACAUUUGUUUAAAUCGAUUUUUCUUGAAUACUGUAAGAGCUUCAGCUUUGCAACUGUGUACACUUGUCUAUCAUUAUAAGGUUAAUUAGUAAGUCGAGAACAACAAUUCUGUCUUGUGUAUUGUGUCAGAAUUCCUAGAAAAUUUGUAAUUCUUGUUUUUAUCUCAUCUAAGCAUUGCUCAGGUGAGUUUUUGUGAUCACUCGAUGUCCGGCGUCCGUCGUCUGUCGUCUGUCUGUCUGUCAACAUUUAGCUUGUGUAUGCGAUAGAGGCUGUGUUUUUCAACUGAUCUUCAUGAAAUUUUGUCAGAAUGAUAACCUUGAGGAAAUCUAGGCCAAGUUCGAAAAUGGGUCAUCUGGGAUAAAUAAGUAGAACACUAGGUCAAAUCAAAGAAAAAACUUGUAUAUGCAAUAGAGGUUGUAUUUUCCAACAGAUCUUCAUGAAUUAUGAUCAGAAUGAUUACCUUGAUAAAAUCUAGACCAAAUUUGAAAAUGGGUUAUCUGGGGUCAAAAAGUAGGUCUCUAGGUCAAAUCAAAGAAAAACCUUGUGUAUGCGAUAGAGGCUUUAUUUUUCAACUGGUCUUCAUGAAGUUUUGUCAGAAUGAUUGCCUUAAUAAAAUAUAGGCGAAGAUUGAAAAUGGGUUAUCUAGGUUCAAAAACUAGGUCACUAGGUCAAAUCAUAGAAAAACGUCGUGUGUGCAAUAGAGGCUGUAUUUUUCAAUUGAUCUUCAUGAAAUUUGUUUGAAAUGAUAACCUUGAUAAAAUCUAGGCCUAGUUUGAAAAUAUGUUAUCUGGGAUCAAAAACUAGGUCACUAGAUUAAAUCAAAGAAAAACCUUGUGUAUGCGAUAGAGGCUGUAUUUUUCAAUUGAUUUUCAAGAAAUUUGGUCAGAAUGAUUGCUUUGAUAAAAUCUAGGUCCAGUUUGAAUAUGGGUUAUCUGAGGUUAAAAAGUAGAUCACUAGGUUAAAUCAAAGAAAAACAUUGUGUAUGCGAUAGAGGUUGUAUUUUUCAGUUGAUUUUCAUGAAAUUUGGUCAGAAUGGUUGCCUUGAUCAAGUCUAGAUCAAGUUGGAAUAUGGGUCAUCUGGGGUCAAAAAGUAGGUCACUAGGUCAAAUCAAAGAAAAACAUUGUGUAUGCGAUAGAGGCUGUAUUUUUAGAUUGAUCUUCAUGAAAUUUGGUCAGAAUAAUCAUCAGUGCGUUGAUGAAAUCUAGGUCAAGUUUGAAUAUGGGUUAUCUGGGGUCAAAAGCUAGGUCACUAGGUCAAAUCAAAGGAACACCUUGUGUAUGGGAUAGAAGCUGUAUUUUUCAAUUGAUCAUCAUGAAAUUUGGUCAGAAUGAUUGACUUGAUAAAAUCUAGGUUAAGCUCGAAUACGGGUCAUCUUGGGUCAAAAACUAGAUCACUAGGUCAAAUCAAAGAAAAACCUUGUGAAUGCGAUAGAGGCUGUAUUUUUCAAUUGACCUUCACAAAAUUAUGUCAGAAUGAUUGCCUUGAUGAAAUCUAGGUCGAGAUUGAAUAUUGGUCAUCUGGAAUUAAAAAGUAGGGCAUUAGGUCAAAUCAAAGAAAAACCUUGUGUAUGCCAUGGAGACUGUAUUUUUCAAUUGAUCAUCAUGAAAUUUGGUCAGAAUGAUUGCCUUGAUAAAAUCUAGGUCGAAUUCGAAUAUUGGUCAUCUGGGGUCAAAAAAUAGGUCACUAGGUCAUAUCUAAGAAAAUACUUGUUUAAACUCCAGAGACCACAUUUAUGGUCCAAUCUUAAUGAAAAUGUGCCAGAAUAUUUGUUUCCAUGAAUCACUAGGUCAAACAUGUAUACACUGUUAUGGUAUGUUUCUCAGGUGAGCGACCUAGAGCCAUCUUGGCCCUCUUGUUUUAUGAAUAUGUUUAUCACAGUCGUAGUCAGUUAUUGACUGCUGGUAGUAUCAUGUAGAUCACUAGUAGAUAGGUAAGAAGACAAAGAAACAUUACUCUUUUCUCGCGCAUUGCCUUAUUUCAAGUACAUACAGAUGAGCGUUGGUCUAUGCGGGGGAUAAUCAAAAUCCCUUGAUCAAAAUCCUCUCCACUGAAAAAAGACAGGGUACGCACGUUACUGACAGGUUAGGGUUAGGUUUAGUGUAUAUUAAAUGCGCGCGUACACUCAAUGCAGGAGAUUUAAUGCCGACCUCUUGUUUAUUCGUUUGCGUACACUAUGGCAGUUUUGAUUAAAACAGAUAUUGCAUUUAGAUUCGAACUCGCGGAUUUUAAGUUUCAGGACAUUUAUUAUCAAUGAACAAUUAAUUCUCACAGAUAUUAGAGAAUUCAUAUAAUUAAAGAAUAAACAGUUUGAUCUCAAUUUCAUUUUUACGGAAUAAUACUAUAAAGUUUCUUAACUAGUUGUAAGUGUAGAUGGGAAUACCCGACUUGAUGGUAACCGUACAAAGUUACCGCAGUAAACAGCCAGAGAGCCGAAUAUUCCUAUCCGCUUCUGAAACAAUUUAAGUGAUGUAAUCUUUUUCUUGCAUGCCAUAUAUAGCUAAUAAUGAUAAAGUCAAAAUCAAACGAAUGAGUGCCGUUUUCUUGCCGUAAGGUAUUCAAACAAAUCGCGCAACAAUUACGUCCGUUAAAAAGAAAAUACCACCACGGGUCAAGAGCAAACACAAACCUAGAGUUCUGGGUUUGUUUUACCAUCUGGGACUUAACGUUAUGUAUUUUGUCGUAGAAUAGCGUUUUAUGAAUCAAGAACUAUACUAUAAGAAAAAAGAAGAACUAAGAACUAUCAUGAUAUUUGACUUAAGGUUUUAUGUCAAAUAAAUAUUAAAGCACGAAUCUACUUAAUAAACGUGGUUUGUGAUACAUCAUUUAAAGCGCGGGUGAAAACACUGGGACCUCCCCCCCCCCCCUUGUAUGCAAGAAAGCACAUGCAACGUCGGUUAUUUAAUCUAACUAAGAUGGCAUAUGCAAUGUGGAUUUGAUGUUUGUGUUGCGCCUAAAUAAAAAUGACGAAAUUUUACUUUUACUUGAAAUUCAUUUUCGCUUUGUACGUGUACUUCAAUAUUGUGUCGAGAGAGCGGAAAAAUGUGCCAAACACAAUUGCUUUUUAAAAACUAUUUUAUUUCUAUUUAUACAUAUAUAUUUUAGCAAUAAAAUGUUACACAAAUU